AUGGCAUCAUCAGUUGUGAUAGAAUUGAUUUCUUUUUACAAAGUUCUCUCUCCAUUGGACAUGCCUUGUCGGAGAUUGGAAUCUUUACUGAAACAGAAAUUUUCUUUACAACAAGAAGGAAAGAAGAAGUGGCUAUUGAACGGAGAAAUUCUAUACAGAGAUUUCAUUCCAAUCGAGUUCAUGAAUGACAAGGAAAUUGUAUGGAAUCACAUCAAAAAUGACAAUCUUCGCAAUGACAAGGAAUUGGUAUUGGAAGCUAUCAAACACAAUGAAAAUGCACUCGAAGAUGCUUCAUUCUCACUUCAAAGGGAUAAAAACUUUGUAUUGGAAGCCAUUCGAUGGAACGAAAAAUGUUUAUGUUGUGCUGCCUAUGAAUUUCUGAAAGACAGUGAAUUCGUCUUUGAAGCAAUCAAACAAAAUAAGAAAGCACUUCGAUGGGUACCAUGUGAAUUACUCACAAAUGAAGCUUUUAUGUUAAAAGUCAUCAAAUUCAUAUUUCCAGAAUUCCAUCAUUUGGAUUCUUUUGAACAUGCCAACAAAGAAAUCAUGAUGAAACUUGUGAAUGAAUUUGGAUUUUUGUUGAUAUUUGCGAGUGAUGAGCUCAAGAAUGAUCGAGACAUUGUUUCGACUGCAAUCAGAAAUGAUGGUCUGGCUUUUGCUUUUGCCUCUCAUAACUUGUCAAGCUUGGAUGUAGAGACAUUUUCAGAUAUGUACCAGAAGAAAUUAUUGAGGACAGAGAGAAUAGAUUUACCAUAUAACGAUCCACCAUUUUUCAAUGAUAAAGAAAUCGUGUUAGAAGUAGUGAAAAACGAUGGAUUUGCAUUGAAGUAUGCGAGUAAUGAAUUGAGAAAAGAUCGUGGAUUGGUGAUGGAAGCAGUGAAGAGUAAUGGAUAUGCAUUAUUUUACGCGAGUGAAGAAUUGCAAAAUAAUCAUGAAUUGGUGAUGCAAUGGAUAUAG